GCGCAUUAUUUAUCGAGCGCAGCAGCAUCACCGCAGCCCCUUUCUCCGCACACCGCCCGACCAGGCACGGGAACCACGCUGCCCUCCCCUCCCCUCUCCUCCCCGUGCCGUCGUCCCCUCCCCACGCCGCCGUUCCCUGCUGACCCCCCUCCCCUCCGCUUCCGCCUCGUGCUGAGGAGGAGACGAGGGGCCUCCUCGAGUCCCCGCCGCCAGCUGCCGCCGCCUCCAGGUCCAGGUGGAUCCCAUCCCAUCCGCCGACCCCCAAGAGCUGCUAGCUCAGCUCCCUGAUCUGAGCUGAAAUUAGAAUUGCCUUUUUGUUCUUGUGCAGGAUCUGAACAGUCCCGGGGGCGAGCUGAUGUACGGCUCGCCGGUGUCCAAGGACCUGAACCUCCCGGUGCAGCCGCCGAUGGCCUCGUCCGGGCUGCUGAGGUACAGAUCGGCGCCCAGCACGGUGCUCGGCGAGCUCUGCGAGGACUUCCUCCCGCCGGGACCCCGCGCCGCCAGCCCUGACGCCGGCGCCGACAACGUCUUCGCCAGGUUCCUGGCCGACCACCACAUCCGGGACGACAAGCCGUCGCCGCCGCCGCCGCCGCCUGCACCCCACUUCCCGGGUGAAGCCGGCAUGGCCUCCCAGCAGCAGCAGAUGAUGUUCCAAUCCCAGCACCAGCAGCAGCAGGAGAUGGUGGACGCCAAGUCCGGGCUCUACCGCACCGUCAGCUCCGGCAUGGAACCCGCGUCCGCUGCCGCCGCCGGCGUCGGCGCCAGCAACCUGGCUCGGCAGAGCAGCUCCCCCGCCGGAUUCCUCGACAAUUUGAACAUGGACAACGGGUACGGGGCUAUGCUGAGGGCCGGCAUGAGCAUGGGCUUCAGGGACGGCAGCAGCGCCGCUGCUGCCACGGCCGACUCUCUUGCAGGUGGCGGCAGCAGGCUGAAGGGGCAGCUCAGCUUCUCAUCACGGCAGGGCUCGUUGAUGUCACAGAUCUCAGAGAUGGAUAGCGAGGAGGUCGGAGGGAGCAGCCCAGAGGCUGCCGGUGGUGGCAGGGGGUACAUCCCUGGGUACCCGAUGGGCUCCGGGUGGGAGGACUCGUCGUCGCUCAUGUCGGAGAACUUAUCUGGGAUGAAACGCCCUCGGGAUUCACUAGAGCCUGGACAAAAUGGUCUUAUGCACCAGUUCAGCCUGCCGAAGACGUCUUCAGAGAUGGCAAAUAUCGAGAAGUUCCUCCAGUUCCAGGACGCCGUGCCUUGCAAGAUCCGUGCCAAGCGGGGAUGUGCCACACACCCACGCAGUAUUGCUGAGCGGGUGAGGAGAACAAAGAUCAGCGAGCGAAUCCGAAAGUUGCAAGAACUCGUCCCAAACAUGGACAAGCAAACCAACACUUCUGACAUGCUGGAUUUGGCUGUCGACUACAUCAAGGAUCUCCAGAAGCAGGUUAAGGUGUUAAAGGAGAGCCACGCGAAUUGCACAUGCUCAGCCAGCAAGAAUCAGCAGCACUCUGAUUGAAGCCCCCUGACUCUGCCGUGUAUACUGUACAAGACCUGCAGACGUCAAGAGCAAGUUUACUCAGCAAGUCAGCAUAGAAAAGAUGUAAACACAGCUCACGUUUCUUUUGUGGGAUUUGAAUAGCAGCAGUUGGGAGGCUUGUCUACAAUGCUAUGUAGCUGUUUCUGAGCAAAGGGGCAUGGAUCAGUGGCAUCAAGUAUUCAAGUGAUAAGGAGAUGGGUGAAAGUGGGGAAACAUAGGAGAAACAAUUGUAUAGUUUGGCUGUAACAUUGCUAUAUAUACUACCCUUUUGGUAGAAAGUUAUUACUUCACCUCUUCACCUCUGCUACUAGUAGUAGCAGCUGUAAAUGUGCCGCAGAUAAAUUGUAUAAAAACCUGGAGGUGUUCAAUGGAAGCGAUGUUGUUCAACUCUAUGAACAUAUCAUUCAAUCAAUAGUCAUCCUCUACUGGGGAAUA